GCAUUUUAAAGGAGUACAACGCUUUAUGACUGACUAUAAGUAUCACUGGUGAGGCUGGUGGAUUCAGAAGAAGGGACAUCUGCGAACAGCUUCAUUAACAGACCAUCAGACCAUGUUUUGGGUGCGAGUCUCUGCGGUCAGUCUCAUUGGGAUGGUCAUGCUUUUAAGUAGGCCUAUGACUACAGAAUCAACCUCCCCAGAGUACCACUACUACAACCAGACCCUGAGCUGGAGCGACGCGCGGAGCUUCUGUCGGGUCAAGCACGGCGACCUGGCCACCGUGACCUCCAUGGAGGAGGCCCAGCUCCUGGCCCAGACCGCCGCCGGCCGGGGCGACGCCUGGAUCGGCCUCCGUUUCAUUGGAACCGCCAGGUGGCUGUGGUCGGACGGAAGCGGAGCGCUGUCCAGUUCGUAUUGGGAUAAAUUGGAGCCCAACUUUGUUGAUGGCCCGAAUCCCUGCGCAGAGACGAAGGAAGGGGGCUGGAACGAUCUCCAGUGUUCCACGGGACGUCCUAUUGUGUGCCAAGGUGCAACGUCGCCGUACUAUUUCCCUCAGUCCUAUACGUGGGCAUGGACAUUUGCCCGGGAUUAUUGCAGAAGCCUAGGUAUGGACCUGCCCACUAUCCGAAGCAGGUCCCAGAUUACGACAAUCUUCAAUACGGUAAAAACCGACGUCUGGAUCGGCCUCUUCCUGGACCGGUGGGCGUGGUCCGACGAGAGCCCCACCUCCCUCAGGUACUGGAUGGUGGGCAGGCCCGCCAACCUCCAGGGCUGUGCCGUUGUCAGCGUCACGGACCAGGGCCGGUGGUACGAGGAGCAGUGCGAGGCCGAGAUGCCUUUCGUCUGCCAGGGCGGUCUGAAAUCGCAGAGGGUGCUGAUGAAGUUAAAGAUGGAAUCGCAUGGUGACCUCGAUCGCUCAGCCGCCAGUGCUCAGCUCCUGCAGCAGCUCGAGGCGCAGUUGAGAAGUCAGGGGAUAUCAGAUUUCCAACUCAGCUGGAAGAGCGACAUCCGUCGUCAGGAUGAGAUAAAUGAGAAUCCUGCAGCUGAGAGCCACAGUCCAGGUCGGAUUGUCAUGCUUUCAAGUAUGUCUACAGAAUCAACCUCCCCAGAGUACCACUACUACAACCAGACCCUGAGCUGGAGCGACGCGCAGAGCUUCUGUCGGGACAAGCACAGCGACCUGGCCACCGUGACCUCCAUGGAGGAUGCCCAGCUCCUGGCUCAGACCGCCGCCGGCCGGGGCGACGCCUGGAUCGGCCUCCGUAACGACGGACCCGCCUGGUGGCUGUGGUCGAACGGAAACGGAGCGCAGUCUAGUUCGUAUUGGUUGGCAGGGGAGCCCAGCUAUUCGGAGUGCAGCACGGAUUGCUGCGCAGAGGUGACUGCAUCGGGCUGGAACGAUCUCAAGUGUACCCGUGUACAUAAUCUUGUGUGCCAAGGCAAAACGUCGCCGUACUAUUUCCUUCAGCCCCAUACGUGGGGAUGGAGAGCUGCCCUGGAUCAUUGCAGAAGCCUAGAUAUGGACCUGCCCACUGUCGGAAGCAACCCGACAGUCAUCAAUGCGGAAGGGAUAACCUCCUUCUGGAGCGGCCUCUUCCAGGACCGUUGGGCGUGGUCCGACGAGAGCCCCACCUCCCUCAGGUACUGGAUGGUGGGCAUGCCCGCCAACCUCCAGGGCUGUGCCGUUGUCAGCGUCACGGACCAGGGCCGGUGGUACGAGGAGCAGUGCGAGGCCGAGAUGCCUUUCGUCUGCCAGGGCGGUCUGAAAUCGCGGAGGGUGCUGAUGAAGUUAAAGAUGGAAUCGGAUGAUGACCUCGAACGCUCAGCCGCCAGUGCUCAGCUCCUGCAGCAGCUCGAGGCGCAGUUGAGAAGUCAGGGGAUAUCAGAUUUCAAACUCAGCUGGAAGAGCGACAUCCGUCGUCAGGAUGAGAUAAACGAGAACCCUGCAGCUGAGAGCCACGGUCCAGGUUCUGAAGAACUGAAAUUGGUUUGUUCUGAUGAUAGCCCAACUGAACUUAUGUUCUGAUGAUUUCCGCAAAUUAUACCAUGUAUUGCAAUUAUUGCAAAUAAAAGCAGUAAAAAUAAGACACUGUAUAUUAUUGACGUA